AGGAAGUAACUCUGACGGUACAUUGCAUCUGUCAACUGACUCGGACUUCUUCAACAUGCCGAAGAAAAAGACAGGACAGCGAAAAAAGGCGGAGAAACAACGGGAAAGACAAAAGGAACUAAGAAAUGCUGAGAAAUCACUGGCUCAGCAACCAAGUAAUUUUCUGAUGGAGUGUGAUCAAUGUAAACGAACACAGAAGAACAGAGCAUUUUGCUACUUUUGUUCGUCCUUACAGAGGCUACCUGUGUGUGCACAGUGUGGUAAACAAAAAUGCAUGGCCAAAUUUGGAGACUGUUGCAUAAAACAUUCUGGGACAAACACAGUUGGACUAGCCAUGGUGGGGGCCAUUUGUGAUUUCUGUGAGGCAUGGGUCUGUCACGGCACCAAAUGUUUGUCUGUCCAUGCCUGUUCCUGUCCCCUGAGGGAUGCAGAGUGCUGCGAGUGUAAGCGGGGGGUAUGGGAUCAAGGUGGGAGAAUUUUCAAGUGUUCAUACUGUGAGAAGUUUUUAUGUGAAGAUGAUCAGUUUGAGCACCAAGCAAGUUGCCAGCAGUUAGAUUCUGAGACAUUCAAAUGUAUGUCCUGCAAUAGACUUGGACAGUACUCCUGCCUUAGGUGUAAGACUUGUUUCUGUGAAGAUCAUGUCAGAAGAAAAGGGGUCAAGUACAAUAAAGGUCAACCCAUACCGUGCCCCAAGUGUGGCCUGGAGACCAAGGAGACCAAAGAAAUGAGCAUCAACACUCGGUCCUACGAGUAUGGCAGGCAGAAGGUGGCUGAUGACUACGUGGAUGACGAGUUCAGCUAUCAGGAGUACGACUUUCAGGGGGCCUCCGGGUUCUCCUUUGGCGGGGUGAAAGCAGAGGUCAUAGAUUAUGAAUCAGAUGACAGUGAUGAUGAGGAUGAUGAUGAAGAUGAUAAUGAUGAAGACAUUGAUGAAGAUGAAUUAUUGGAGGAAGUUCGUCAGUUGCAGCUGGACAAUGAAAAAGCAGGAACUUCCUGAUCUUGUUAAUUUGCUUGUUCUUGGAAAUAAAUUAUUUACAAUAACAA